UUUUAAUUACACCAUAAUAGUUCAGAUGGCAGCGUAUAAGUCUGCCGUAACAACAAACCAAAUUACAUUGUGCCUUCUUAGAAGUAAAAUCUCCGUUUUACUACCUUCGAGGUAUUGUUGGAAACAAUAGCGUGAGAAAAGUUCCAACCCAAAUCAACGUUUCUUAUCACCACUACUAAUUCUUGAUACAAACGAAGUUAAGAUAUGAUUCAAAGAGGAAGCCCGCCUCCUCAGAAGCAAGAUGAACGCCCGGCUGCACGCCGCCCUCACAAUGCUUAAUAAUCUCGCAGCUAAUUCCCUUCAGAGUUAAGGAAUAAAUACUCCCGUCCUGUUGGGAAUUGAUUUAAAUGAGCUCUCUCUGCAGCAAAAUUCAAACAUACAAAGAAAGGAAUACGUUUGAAAACAACACGUACUGAAGAAAUAUUCGCUCAGUGAUCAAAGGAGACAAAUUAGAACAACGUUGGUGGACUUCAGAGGCUGUUUUUAAGGAAAUUGCCAGAAUGUCAGGCUCCAAACACGAAACAAUAAAACAAGUCAAAAACAUAGCGCGUCUGGCAGAAGACAUGAGUCUGCUGGCCACUGUGCCUGAGCUGUAUGAUGUUCACUUUUUGCUUGGAAAAGACAAAGAAUGCAUGGGUGGUGUAAAAGCUAUAUUAGCUGCAAGAAGUCGGGUGUUUUUCAACAUGUUGUACGCUGGACAAAGUGUUUGUGGAMGAGGAACAGAAUCCAGCACUCCAAGCAAGAAGACCCCCAAGAAACAACGAGGUUUUUCCCUCCUUAAGCGUGAUAGUAAAACGCCAACAAAACCUGCGAAGAUGCGUGACAGUUCCACUACGACAAUUCCUAUUGAGGAUUUUGAAGCUGAUGAGUUUGGUCGUUUAAUGGAGUUUUUGCACUGCGGACGGUGCACUCUGGCAUCGCACUGCAAUGUGGGAUUGAUAGCCGCGGCAGAGUUCUUUGCAGUUGAAGACUUACAACUUGCCGCGUCAAGUUUCAUGGACAAGUGCAUCACUAUUGACAACGUCUGUCAAUUUCUGUGUGACGCAGAAAAAUAUGUUCAAUUCAAGUCCAUCAAAAUGGUAGUACCCAAGCUUCUCGAGUUCACAGCCCUCAAUGCUSGCGAGAUACUAGGCCGAGUAUCUUUCUGUAACCUUCCACAACACGUAGUGCGCUUGAUUUUGGCGCGAAAAGAUUUAAAUGCUACUGAAUGGGAGAAGUUUACAGCGGCUUUAUCUUGGGGCCAUGCGCACUGCGAUAAAAACCCUGGGGUGAGUUUGAAAGAAGCUCUGCAGUCCGUGGUCGACUGCAUUGAAUUCUACAAAAUACCCACAAUGCGACUGAUGCAGGAAGUCCGUCAGAUGGACAUCGUUCCUGAUCACAUUCUGAUGAAAGCCUUGGCCUAUCAAGCUGACCCAUCUAGUAUUAACCCCAAGCAAUCCCAGCAUUCCAGAGGACCUAAACAAGCUAAUACUGAUAUCACGCUAAAUAAUAAUAACGUAACAAAAAUAAACCAGGACAAAAAGAAUACUAUAGUUGAGCGUUUACUCAAAGGUUGAUGGACUAGAAGAUAACCGUUUUGUACAAACUUAUGAAUUUGACGCAAAAUUGUAAAAAAAGUCACAAAUGUUCAGUUUCAUCGUUUUGCAAACGAUGUUAACAUUCAUGUGUAGCAAGUAAAAUCACCAGUAGUAAAAUAUUAUGACUAUACAUGUAUCAUUUGUUACAAUACUCUCCCMGUUAAAAUAUUCUCUAUAAUUUCUACAGAGAAACAUUCGCGUUUGCCGAGAACAUUUUUGUGUACCUCGAAUAAUCAAAUUAACAUUGUAAAAGCUAAAUAUAAUACUGAAAUUAUGAUAAUGUUAUUAAUACAAAAUAUUUUACAAGAGCGGAAUUCACAGCUAGAUGUGCAGACAUUGCUGACAUGAUCUACUGUCCGACUGAAAAACCUUUAGUGAUAUUUAAAAGAAUUUAAAGCUUAUUUAGUUCUCAAGGAUUGUUCAAUGUCUAUUUUGUGUAUUAAAAUCGUUCUCUUUGACU